AAAAUGCAGAUUUAGCAUCAAGCACAGACAUCCAGCCACUCGCUCUCGCUCUCGGGUGCACACAGCUCUCCAUACUCGCACCCCAAGAGCCGGGCCGCCGCCGGACUGCUCAGCUUCCCAGCCAGCCAGAAGCCGGAGGGGAACACACUCUGAUCGGCUACUUCCCAAGCCCCGGCUCAGUCCCCUUCCCUAUACAAAGAUUUUUUUAAAAUAACAACAGAAAACAAAACUCCAUACCUAUUUUUAAUUUGCGCCUUCCCUCCGGGUGCCCUGCUCCAGCAGACUGUGCGCCUCCCAGCCCCACUUUCCACUCCAGAGAAGGAUGAAGGGGGGUUGUGGCUCUCAGUGGCAGGCGGCCGCCGGGCUCCUCUUCUGUGUCAUGGUUUCUGCAUCUGCCGAGAGACCCAUCUUCACGAAUCAUUUUCUCGUGGAGUUGCAUAAAGGGGGAGAGGAAGAAGCUCGCCAAGUUGCCGCGGAGCACGGCUUCGGAGUCCGGAAGCUCCCAUUCACGGAAGGCCUGUAUCACUUUUAUCACAAUGGCCUCUCAAAAGCUAAGAGAAGACGCAGCCUACAGCAUAAGCAGCAGCUGGACAGAGACCCCAGGGUAAAGAUGGCCUUGCAACAGGAAGGAUUUGACAGAAAGAAGAGAGGGUACAGAGACAUCAAUGAGAUUGACAUCAACAUGAAUGAUCCUCUUUUUACAAAGCAGUGGUACCUGAUCAACACCGGACAGGCUGAUGGCACUCCUGGCCUUGAUUUGAACGUGGCAGAGGCCUGGGAGCUGGGAUAUACCGGGAAAGGGGUGACCAUUGGGAUUAUGGAUGAUGGGAUCGACUACCUCCACCCAGACCUGGCCUCCAACUAUAAUGCAGAAGCCAGUUAUGACUUCAGCAGCAAUGACCCCUACCCGUACCCUCGGUACACAGAUGACUGGUUUAACAGCCAUGGAACAAGAUGUGCAGGAGAAGUUUCGGCAGCGGCCAACAACAAUAUCUGCGGGGUUGGGGUGGCGUACAACUCCAAGGUCGCAGGUAUCCGGAUGCUGGACCAGCCCUUCAUGACCGAUGUCAUCGAAGCCUCCUCCAUCAGCCACAUGCCCCAGCUCAUCGACAUCUACAGUGCCAGCUGGGGCCCCACGGACAACGGAAAGACGGUGGAUGGGCCCCGAGAGCUCACACUGCAGGCCAUGGCCGAUGGUGUGAACAAGGGCCGCGGGGGUAAGGGCAGCAUCUACGUGUGGGCCUCCGGGGACGGCGGCAGCUCCGAUGACUGCAACUGCGACGGCUACGCCUCGAGCAUGUGGACCGUCUCCAUCAACUCGGCCAUCAAUGACGGCAGGACGGCGCUGUACGACGAGAGCUGCUCCUCCACCUUGGCGUCCACCUUCAGCAACGGGCGCAAGAGGAACCCCGAGGCCGGUGUGGCCACCACAGAUCUGUACGGCAACUGCACCCUGCGGCAUUCUGGGACAUCGGCAGCAGCUCCUGAAGCAGCUGGGGUUUUCGCACUGGCUUUGGAAGCCAACAUGGGACUGACCUGGCGAGACAUGCAGCACCUGACAGUGCUCACCUCCAAACGGAACCAGCUCCACGACGAGGUUCAUCAGUGGCGGCGCAAUGGGGUUGGCCUGGAGUUCAAUCAUCUGUUUGGCUAUGGGGUCCUGGAUGCCGGCGCCAUGGUAAAAAUGGCCAAAGACUGGAAGACUGUGCCGGAGAGGUUCCACUGUGUGGGAGGCACCGUGCAGGACCCCGAGAAGAUCCCAUCCACCGGCAAGCUGGUGCUGACGCUCACCACAGCUGCGUGCGAGGGGAAGGAGAACUUCGUGCGCUACCUCGAGCACGUGCAGGCCGUCAUCACGGUCAACGCCACCAGGAGAGGAGACCUGAACAUCAACAUGACGUCGCCCAUGGGCACCAAGUCCAUUCUGCUGAGCCGGCGUCCGCGGGACGAUGACUCCAAGGUGGGCUUCGACAAGUGGCCUUUCAUGACCACCCACACGUGGGGGGAGGAUGCCAGGGGAACCUGGACGCUGGAGCUGGGCUUCGUGGGCAGCACACCCCAGAAGGGGGUGCUCAAGGAGUGGACCCUCAUGCUGCACGGCACGCAGAGCGCCCCGUACAUCGACCAGGUGGUGCGGGAUUACCAGUCCAAGCUGGCCAUGUCCAAGAAGCAGGAGCUGGAGGAAGAGCUGGACGAAGCCGUGGAGAGGAGCCUGAAGAGCAUCCUCGGCAAGAACUAGAGCCACCUCCUCCUCCUCCCACGCCCUUCAUUCUGUGUCGCCUCCUCCUCCCCACCCCGCGGUCCUGGCAGGCACCCAGCAAUCACUGUCGUCCCACUCGGGCGACUGUCUUCUCGAUCAGCAGCUUCACCCACUGUCCAUGAGUAUUUUCAUUAUGAUGGAAGCAAUCUUUUUAUUCUCUCCCAAAUAUAGUAUUCCCACCAACAUCUUCACCCCAUGUGUGACUCUUCCUUAUUUCUGUCAUUCGAAUGUGUGAUGUCUUGCAAGGAAAGCUGGGACAGCUCCCCUGCCUCCCCAGCAUUUCUCGUAUCUGAGAAAAGGAUGCAUGAAAAAAGCCACAUCCGGGGACCCCACGAACAUUUGUCUGUGGUCUCAUCUAAGGAGUCACAAGAAAAUCAAAGCUGGUGGGGACAGCACAUUUUGCAGCCUCUGAAGCACAGGGAAAGCUGUAAACCCUUUCUGCAAAGAUGGUUGGAAUUUAGAAAGAUUUGUCAGGGACAGAGAUUACGCUGACAUCAAGAAAAAGAUGCCGCCCAUAGAGAGCCUUAAUCACCGAACUGGGAAAGGAGAUUCAAAGGCGUGAGCAUUGGAAAAUUUUCCACCAGUGCCACUAUUGUAUUCACCGACUCAGCGGGCAGCUGACGAGGACCUCAGUGGCGUGGCUGUCUGUCGCCAGCUGCUGCUCUGGGCAAUGGCAAAAUCUGCCGAUGAAGCCCAAACUCCCCCGGUCUGGAUAGAGUCCACCCCCAACCCUUGCCAAUUUGGGGGGCUCCUUCCAUAACUGUGCAAAAGAAAAAAAUUAAGGCAGGUCUGGUGACACAUCUGGGAUGAGUAUUUUUGCUAGCUUUUAAAAUAGAAAUGUUCCUUUUCCUACAUCCGAGACUUCUGAUCUGAUGUGAGAAGAUGAGUAUUAUUUUUUUGACAGCUUUACACACAUCUAGCAGGGCUCUGACCUCCCAAAAACAUCACUGGAGGGAAAUGUAGUCCCUCACGGGGUGAUCUGAUUUCUGUAUAGGAGACUCAGUCUCUGUUCUGCAAGAGGCCGAGAAAGGUGAGCAACACCUCUGGAGAUGGGACCUGCAUUAUGCCAAGAGGGCACCGCCAAGUCACCCCAAGGAGCCAGGGGCCAGGAGGAAGCAGGAGGCCUCCAUGAAAGCACACAGUUGCCACAUCGGCAACCUAGAGAUCCAUGAGAACAUCUAACACAUAAUCCAGUCAUUAGAGUUGCCAACCCCAGACACACCAUUCAUUACCAAACAGAUAGCACCAAAGUGGCCUCUGGUCACUGCAUUCCUUCCUGAGGACUGGCCACCCAUGCCCAAUCGCAGCACCCAGCCAUUCCCACAAAAUGAUUCUUUCUCGGCCACUCCUGGCCCCAUCCCUCCUGCCCAGCCUUGAGUCACCUUCACUGCAGCCAGCAACUCGGGGCUGGGGGGGGGGGCACUGGGUUCCAUCCCCUGACAGUGGCAACCCUGAGAAAGAAAUCCAGAAACCUCACUUUCUUUCUUUUCUCCCCCACAUUGGCACGGAUUUCUGUCUUCUCCAAUACCUUGUGACUUUCUCCACAUCCUGCUUUAAAGUGUAAUACAACUCAUGAUUUUUUUAAAAGAAAUUUAUUACUUGUUGCAAAGGUCUUUUUAACCCAGUUUAGGUUUCAAGAAAAAAAAAUGAAUGGAAAUCAUUGAAAAUUCAUUUCACAUCAAUGGUCUGAAAAGAAACCAAAGGACACUAUGUGUGCAUGUAUGUACAAGUGCACACAGAAAUAUACAUACAUAUGUAGACUAUACACGUGUGUAUGUGUGUGUGUAUAUACACUUGUAUAAAUGUAGAUACACACAUAUACCUGAAAUGUGUGUACAUGUAUCUAUUGAAGAAACAGAUGCCAUAUUCCUCUCUAAAAGAAUAUUCAGAGAAUAUUGAGAUUCUGGCUGAAGAAAAAGGUCGGUGGAAAUUCAGGUGAAAAUGUCCGAUUCCCAUUAUGUCACCUCUGUGGUUUUGCAGCUCUCUGUAUGAACAUUAAAUGUCUUAUAUAAGCAGCAAAAAUAUAAAAUAGUUGUCCACAUUUUCACAGUUGUGGUAUAAGUUAUGAAAUUAGGGAGUAACUUCUGAGCUUCUUAAUAGAAACAGCAAGUUUUGAUAUGAGUAUAUAGUAUAUAAAAAUAUAUAUAAUCCUAUGUAUAAAUAUUUGGUCUCUAUUUCAUUUUUUGCAGCAGUAUUACCACUAAACUAUGCCCAGCUGGUGAUGUUUUUAUGAUAUCCCUAAUCCUAAUACAAGAGACAGCUAUUUAUAGUUAUUUAUUUUAAAAAAUUAAAAUCAGUGAAUAACGAUUAUUCAAGUUGCCAUUGUUACUCCCUGUGACAAAAUUUUAUAAGUAAAUUUUAAAAGAUAUGUUGUAAAUUAGGAGGCACAACAAUAAAACAUAACCUUC